AUGUUCCUGCGAAUCAAAGUACGACCCGAGGACCAACCAGCUCAACAGUUCCUGUGGAGGGGAGAAGACCGAGAAAGGCCUCCGAAGAAGUACAAGAUGACCAGUGUUUUCUUCGGCGCAACAAGCUCUCCGUACAUAGCUCACCAUGUCCGUAAUCACAAUGCAGACAUACACGGAAAGGAGUUCCCGCGUGCACUGGAAGCCAUAAAGAACGCUCACUACAUGGAUGACUGGGUUGCGAGUUUCAAAGAUGCGGAGGAAGCACGAAAGGCUGUCGAAGAAACGAGAGAAGUGCAUGCUCGUGCUGGCUUCAAUUUGAAGGGAUGGAACUCUAGUGACCCAAACAUUUUGAAAGGAAUUCCCUCAGAGCUGCACGCAACAGCCCCUACGCAACUGGGGGGAGAACAGCCCGGAAGCAAGAUACUUGGGUUGUAUUGGAAUGCUCAACGAGACGAGUUGGGAUUCAACACCUGCAUGAGCCGAGUUCCUGAAGAUGUCAAAGCGGGGAAGCGAGCACCGACCAAGAGAGAAGCACUCAGCGCUGUCAUGUCUGUGUACGACCCGCUGGGGCUAUUGAGCCAUUACACCAUCCGCUCUAAGAUCAUCCUGCAGAGCUCAUGGCGACUCCAGAUGACAUGGGACGAACCGAUCCCGGCAGAAGAAAACGAGCUCUUUACAUCCUGGCUGGCGCAACUUCCCGAGAUCGCGAUGCUACGACUGCCACGCUGCUACACGUUGAAUGGGUAUGAACGGAUCGAUCUUCAUAUACUGUGUGACGCAAGUGAGCAGGCAUUUGCGACAACGGCAUACUGGCGCAUCACGAGAAACGACGGGACCAUCGAAGUCGUCUUAAUAGCGGCAAAGGCGAAGGUAGCGCCAAAGAAAGCGCUGACGAUUCCCCGGUUGGAGCUCCAGGCAGCGGUGAUAGGUGCUCGUCUCGCCGAAACCAUCAAGAGGGAGCAUCGCAUGGAAGUAGACCAGACGACGUACUGGACGGACUCGUCGACGGUGGUCCAUUGGGUCAGGAACGACAUGCGACGAUAUACACCUUUCGUUGCACAUAGACUCGGUGAGAUUGCUGAGCUCACCCAAAAGGAAGAAUGGAGAUGGCUGCCGACCGACCACAACGUGGCUGACGAUGCCACACGGUUGACCAAUGCGCCCAUCAGCUCGACGGACCGGUGGUUCCAGGGACCAGAUUUCCUCUAUCUACCUGAAGACCAGUGGCCCGGGAAGACGGCGUAUGAAGAAACAGAAGAGGAAGUCCUACAUGUGAGUGAGAAUCCCAGAAGAUCCAGCUGCGUACCUGAUCCUGCCCGCUUCUCCAAAUACGAAAUUCUGGUGAGAACUAUAGCAAGAGUCCUAGUCUUCGUGGAUAUCUGUCGACGACGAGCGAUUAAACUGGAACAUCGACACAUCGAGCGCGCAGAAAAGGAGCUGAUACGACGUGUUCAAGAAGACAGCUUCCAAGACGAGGUAGAGCGAAUCCGGUCAGGUCGAACCAUACCAAAGGCGAGCCGGCUCUACCGACUAGAUCCCGUGAUGGAGGAUGGAAUUCUGAGAGUAAGAGGCCGUAUUGGAGCAUCCGCCGCACCAAGUGACACGAAGAGACCUGUGAUACUUGAUGGUCGUCACCCAAUCACAAAACUGCUCGUUCUACGGGAGCAUUGCUCUGCGGGACAUGCCAAUAGAGAACGAGUGACCAACGAUCUACGCCAACACUAUUGGAUCAUUCACCUUCGACCCACGGUACGAGCCAUAGAAAAGAACUGCGCCUUUUGUCGAAGAAGACGAGCAAUGCCGACAACCCCAGCAACAGGAGACCUUCCACUUGCUCGCAUGGACCCUUUUCACCGUCCCUUUACCAACUGUGGGGCGGACUACUUCGGGCCAAUGAUGAUCAAGAUAGGGCGCCGGCGAGAGAAGAGGUGGGGUGCACUUUUCACUUGCCUCACGUCACGCGCCGUACACAUCGAGAUCGUCGCGUCACUCUCAACGGACUCAACAAUCAUGGCAUUGAGAAGGAUGGCAGCACGCAGGGGUUGGCCGCGACUCAUGUACUCAGACAACGGUACCAACUUCCGCGGGGCAGACCAAGAACUCCGUCUGGCUUAUAAAGAAUGGCUCCCAAAACUACAAGAUGAAGGGUUGCUGCAUCGCAUGGAGUGGCGUUUUAUACCACCUGGCGCGCCAAACCAAGGCGGCGCGUGGGAGAGGAUGGUACGAUCAGUGAAGACGGCACUCAGGGUGACACUGCGAGAGAAGGCGCCGACGGAAGAAGUACUGCGGACGCUCCUUACGGAGGCAGAAUUCUCGAUAAAUGCCCGACCACUGACCCACGUGAGCGUGAAUCCAGCAGAUCCCGAAGCACUCACACCCAACCACUUCCUGAUAGGAUCAUCGACCGGCAUGCCAGCCACGGGGCCCUGUGAUGAAGCCGAUCGACGAACAUGGCGAGCAAGUAUGGCUCUCGCAGACCACUUUUGGAAGCGCUGGGUACGGGAGUACCUACCCACUUUAGUACCUCGAGGAGACUCCAGUAACAAGGCGCGUCCCCUGCGCAUCGGAGAUGUGGUCCUGAUCGUUGACAGCACACUGCCAAGAAACACAUGGCCGAUGGGGUUAGUGAAGAGUACAUAUCCCGGACCAGAUGGUGGCAUCAGGGUCGCCGAAGUACGAACGAGAACCGGCGUUUUCCGACGACCAGUGAGUAAGCUCGCCGUCGUUUUGAAGGAAGAGGACUACGCAAGCUGCGCCGGGGGGAGGACUGUUACGGACGGCGAGUGA